AAAAAAAUACCUGAAAACAAGCAAAAAAAUUGAAAAAGAAGUAACUUCAAUUUCUAGUUAAGAAUCAGAGGGGGAGUACAUUUUAGUUGCAUAAGAGGAACCAGAGCUCAAGAUGAUUUCAGGCAUUUCUAAUAAUUUCCCCAUGGAAAUGGACUUUCCUUACCCCAAACCUGACAUUCCCAAGAGACCAACAGGAGGCAGUAGCCUGUUACAACAGCGUCCUGCAGUUGAAGAUUGUUCUUGCCUUGACCAUGGACCUACUCCAGAAGUAUCUUACAUGCGAUACAUUCGAACCAAGGAUACAGAACUUUAUAGCAAAAUGCAAGAAAUGCGCAAAGCUAUGUCUUCUCGAGCUAGCAACAUUCUUGACCAUUCAUGUCCUGAUGAAGACUCUAAAAUGAAUGCUUUUCACAUAAUUGACUACAUAAAGAGAGGACAUAGCCCAGGAUGUUACACAUCCCUCAGCCCUGUUAAAGUAUGUGAGGCAGGUACACCAAUUCAACCUCUGCAAGUGGGCAUCAGUGAUGGUUUCAGAGAAGCAAGUCUCUUCCCUCUCCAUGUUAAGGCUAGACAUAUAGUUGAUAAAAUACAUCCAUUGGUUUUCACCAGAACACCCCUCUACUUAAAACACUGGUUUUCACCAUACAUUCCUGGCCGAUCAGAAUAUGAAGAUACAAUAUCCCGCUUGGGGCUUGCAAGGAUGCGAAAUACAAGACAAUACCUUGAACCUCAGCCAAGUUCUCGUCUGAGAACUGGUGAUCCUAACUGCUGA